AUGUCAUCCAGUUUGGUGCCAUUUGUUCAAAUUCAAAUUCAACUUUUUCACCUUUCCAGCAUAUUCCAAUCUAUUCAAUUAAUUCAAUUCCCAUCAAGACAUAGCAAUCAGAAAACGAGCAUGUACAUACUCUACGUACCGUACAUAGCAUACUCGCAAUACUCUGACUGUGUUGGACUUUUCGAGACACCCGAACGUCCACUAAUCCUUGAACCUGAUCACUCGGUCUACCGAUCUCACUAA